GAAUCGUCUUGUUCAGGAUUGGUUAGCUAGAUGUAGUUGUUGAUGACCAAAUUAAAAUUCGAAUGUACCACUUACAAUGUCAAACUGCAACCUACUAAGCUACAGAAUCCAAACAACUAUUGACUUUCCAAUCAAUAUGAAGUUGUUUUAGAAUGGUGUGUAUUUCUCUGUUGUUGAUAAUAAGGACAGUAACUGUUGAAUCUCUGUGGAGUGAACGUACAUGGUGGACGGUUUGACAAUAUGUAACUGUUCAACCAAAUGUUUUAUUAUAGAUAUGUUGGAGUAAUCAUUGAAAUUAAGAUUUUAAAACGCAAAUCUCUGCAUAGAUUUAUGAACUUAUUUAUAACCAAGUAUUUCAUUAAAUGUUCCACGUAGAUAUUCAUCUCCAUACUUGUUCUUGCUCUAAAUAUGAUUUCAGUCAUUACCAGUACAAAUCGCUAAACCACUAUUACAAGUUUCUGAUAGACUUGGUAUACAGCCCAUACUGACCAAUGAAGAUCUAGUCAUAUCCAAUUGUAUUCCUUCAACUUUGCCAACAGAAGAACAAAGUUUGAGGUAUUCAUUUAUUUGACCACAUUAAUAUGGUAUAUUGUGAUGUAUUCAGUUAGUACUACACUGGUAACUCAAUCAGGUUUUAGUCAAUAAUUCAUUUAAAUUGAUUAGGUUUUUGGUUGCGGUCAUAGAUCGUUCGGUUUUAGACUCCGAUUGAAAGCCUGGAAGCAGUGGAUGUUUGUCUUGUCCAAUUAUGAGACUCUUGAACAGUGCAUAUUCACGAUACGGCACCAGACGGACUUGAACUGAUUUCGAAUGAAAAUAGAAUACAAGAAAAUUGGAUUUGAUUGAAAAUUGCUUUUUGGUUGAUUGACAACAGUAGAUCAUUUGCAUACAUCACUUCACCUAUUAGGAAUUACAGCUUUAUUUUUGAAGAACAUACAUCAAGUUUUGACACAUGUUCCGUCACUCACUGUAGCGUCGCUCUUGUACUGAUAAAUAAAAUUCCAGAGACGUAAUUUAGUAAUGUCAAGUUUCGCCAACAUUUCACUAUCGAAACAACACUUAUCAUGUCCAUCCUAAUUGCAUGUUUUUCUCCAGUUUUUUACAAUCUAUACACAAGCCCACAUAUCAUGGAAGUUGGGAAGCGUUUAUAACUCUGAGUGCCGAAUGUGAACUAUUCUUUGCACCCAUAUUACUGGUAAGAAGAAUAGUUGUAUAUUUGUUUUGAUAAACUAAUAGAAUUUUUAAUUAAAUAUAUCAGAAGAAGAGUUCUCUUCUAUCAAGUUGUAUGGAUGAAACGGAUGUAUCAAAAGUGAAAUAUAUAUGUAAGGCUGUGACUGUAUUUCCGCGUCGUUGGUCAAGUAUUGAUUGGGAAUACAAAUUCACGAAAUUCAUAAGCAUAUGUUUCGCAAAAUAAUGUCUAGAUUUUCUUUAAGUGUUAUUUUAGGAUUUUAUAAAUGAAUUUCAAUACGUCUAUUCCUAUCUACAUCUUACGUUUAAGGCAUUUGACGUUUUAAUAUCUGUUGGAUUAUUGAGGCUUCAAACAAUUAGCAGUAUUGUAAUGGAUGCUACGCACAAGAAUGUUCGUAAGCUGUAUGUCGUGACAGUCGUCACAAAGAGUGAAUUGUUAUGGUAAAACGAAAGCACACAGUAGACUGAACAUUUGAUGACCACAUGAGAAGACAAGUUGAAUGGUAGAACACACUGGGUUAUGCAAACACAUGAUCGGAGACUGGGUAUACGUAUGAUGUAAAGCCUUUGCAAUUUCGCUUAACAAACAGUUCAUUCGUUAGCUCACUGUCUUCUUCUGCACUACGAUUAAAUGUUAAAUAAUCAACUCAGUUAGUCAAAAUGUACAUACAUAGAUCUGUGCGGCAUGCUGUUCUGUGGAGAUCAGUUCAAUUCGGAAACUCUAACAACUGGUGGUUGUGUGUUGAAAUUGAAAUCUGAGGAAGAUACUCCAACUAAACUGAAUUUACCGUGGAGUAUUCUUUACUUGUUAAUGGUCUUGCAGAUGGUCUAUGUUUGUAUCGAAAUGCAUAUUAAAUAAUUUUUUCAUCAUUAGGUGUUAGUAUCAUACUCAAUACAUUUCACGUUUCUUGUAGAACUCAAAAUAUAUGUGUCUCACUAGUCUGUCAGUCAGUCAGUCAGCUACAACGUAGGACCAGGCACAUAUGUGCAUCGGUCCAGGUUGCCAUACCGCAUCAGCACAACAAGAUGAACACCGGAUUCACAGCAGUGGUUAGGUCAAAGGUGGUAAUAUAUAAGAGAAAGAUUGCCUAUAGAGAUAUAGUACAAGAAGAAAGAAUUGGUUCGUAGAAAGAAAGAUAUGAAGUGAUUUUAAUCUCUUAGUUUAAAGGAAGACAGGGAGUGUAUACACCGACGCCAUUGUGAUCGAUUCUGAGCCAUGUCACCAAGAGUCUCCAACCAUUGGUUACGAAAGUCAAGCGGACCCCAACCACUAGUUUGUAAUGCAGAUUGAAACCCAUCAAACGAUCUACAAUGCAGACAGUAAUUUGAGUGAAUAAUUACUUACAGACAGUUGAAAGAAAACUCUGUAUUUAUUUUAUGACAGUUUGAACUUAUCACCAAGGCAUAUUGUUAUUCUUGAAUGAACAGUCAUCCACUGGUGAAAACAGCAACAUAUUUACUUCCGAAGUUAUUUCUUAUCAAUGCAAUUCAUGUUACUCAUAACAUUAAUGUCACCAUGAGAAUGAUGAUAAAUGAAUGCUAUCUCGAGCGUGAUUAGUCAUCAUAUGAUUUAGAUCUUUUGAAUUAUAAGAACACGGAUGAAAUGGUAGAUGUGAUUUAGGUGCUUUUUGAGUCGUUCUGAUUACCAAAGUUCAUGUAAGAGUUCACAUCUACUUUUACAUUCUUUAAAUAGAAAUUCACACACACACGCACAGUUUGUCAGCAGUAAUUAGAGAAUGGUGUGUUUCUUGUCAGUAUAAUUAAACAAUUCCAUAUCACACCAUAAAUCUUAAUAAAGUAGUCAUAAAUGUUUGAGUGAUCCAACAACCUUCCAAUUUAUUGACCACCAAUCAAGUCAGCUAGCAAUAAGGUGUUUCACUUGAGAUAAUUUUGGUCCAAAUUUCAAAUUUUCAAUUUUCACUGGAUAGAACAGAUCAAUUCUGUGGUAACAGUUUAUAGGUCAUCCCUAAUAUCGAAUGUUUUCGUAUGAUUUACCAAACACUUAUCGAUAUGAUCAUCCUAUUUAGGUUAUCACUUGAUUAGAUUCUACUCGAAUUACAGAUUUAUGAACGAUAUGCCAUUGAAACAGUGUCGACUCAUUUGUCGAGCGAUGACAAAAUCUUAUUUACUUCAUGGAUAACAUGAAUGCAUUGUGUUGAGUAGUGAACAAUGUGAUCGUGUUUUCCGUAAACCGACAUUUCAUCCAUCUGAUCUAUAAAUCACUGGUGGUAAGAGUUGAAUUUUAGUGAAUACUCAGAUUAGUUAGAAAGUAAGAAAAUGGAACUAGAAUGUUAUUUGUAGAGAACAGAUAUUUUUCUGUGCACUUCCAUUUACCCAGAGGUGAUUAGUUUGAUACCUUCACUUUAUAAUAUGAAAUUGUGUGUAGUAAUACAUGGUUUGUGCGGUUUAUUAGAUUUUCGUUGUUCCCAAUCCAUAGACCAUUCAAGGAUUUAUCAAUAAUUACAGUCAUUCUAAUCUUUUGAUAGAAUUUGUAAUCGUUUGUAGGAAAUUAUGAAUGCCAUUAAAGCUCAAGAUCCAUUGAAUGAGGAUGCUAUCACAGAAUGCUUAGAAAAUAUAGUUAAAGCGUUUGUACAAUUUAGAAAUGCAUUAAAGAAUUUCUAUGGUAAGUUGAAUACUUUGAACUGUUUCAAAAUUUGGUUGGAUGGUUUAUGGAUAAAAUGAGUGAGUAAGAUUAUAAUAUAUGGACAAUAUUUGAGAGAUGUCAAAGAGACCUUGAGAAUGUCCGCUUACUAACAAGAGUUGAAUGAGGAUGAUAAAAUAGUGUGAGGAAUUAUGAAUAUGAUUUACAGUUUGAUGUUAGGGUUGUGAAUCAGAUUUAGAUAUUUCAUCACAAGCUGGCAGCAACUAUAAUGAGAACUUUGUUCGAAUCAUACUUUGUUAGGUAUCUUUUGUGUUGUUUCGUGUCCAUUUCUGACAACCUUAAACAAACUUCCUAUUCAUGUGAUCGACCGACUACACGAGUGUGGAGGAAGCUUUUAUUAGCUGAGUGAAUUGGAAAUGUGUGAACACUCAUUGAUCAGUGGUAUAUAUCUCAUUGAUUAGAAAUACAAAUCAUUUCUUGACCAAUCAUGUGCAUUUAUCUUUUACCCUGUAUCCAAAUUAAUCAACAUAUCAGUAUCACCAUUAAUUCAGUUUAGUUUUUCAUUGUACCAAUCAAUCAAUCAAUUCAACAUGUUAUUUAUUACAUGAAACUACUUUUGUGCAACUGUUGACUUACAUUUCUUGAACUUGAACUUAAUAGGUAAAUUAAAUUCAGAAGAAUUCUAUGUCGAUUUAAGACCUAUUUUGUGUGGAUGGUCUCAUGGAAAACUUAAAGACAAGGGUCUAACUUACGAGACAAACUCACAACACAUAAACAAUAAUAAUAAUGAUAAGAAUGAGAAUAAGAUUGAGAAUACGAAAGCCAUAUCAAGUUGUCCAUUUUCUGGUCAACAAUAUACUAGCAACACGGAUCGACGGAAAUGUAUCGGAGCAAGUGCAGCACAGUCAAUAACGAUUCAGACGUGUGAUGCAUUUUUCCAGAUAAAACAUGAUCCUGAGGAUGAAAAAUUCUUCCGUAACAUGCAGACAUAUAUGAUAAAAGAACAUCGACAGUUUCUUCAAGAUCUAGCAAUGCAUAGUCGAAUCCGUUGUAUAGUUGCUGAAAGCAAAUCUUCUCGCAUGAGAACAGCCUAUAAUCAAUGUCUUCAAUCAUUGUGGAAUUUCCGAAAUGCUCACAUAUCAUUAGUUAAAAGAUUCAUCAUACAACCAUCACAAAGUGCAGAUGCUAGAAUAAAACAACUUGAUAUUAAAGGAACAGGUGGUCAAUGUUUGAAUGUCUUUCUUCAACGUGUACGAGAUGCAACACUUUCUGCAUCUUUGGAUUAAUUAACCUCAUUUGAAAUUAUAUCAGUUUAUACAAGAAUGUAAUUUUUUCUGUUUUAUGGACAUAUUAAUGAAAAUAUACUUG